AGACUGUUCCCCGUAGACUGCCGCUACUUGUACUAUACUGUGUUGGUGCCACUGUCCUGGCUCCUGAACCAGUUUAUCUCAUUAUCUCCACAAUUUGAUUUUGAAGCCAUGGCAAUUUUAUUCUCUACAAUUCUACUUCCUUCCACUAACCUCACUUCAAAACUACCCAUUUUCAACAACCCACAACAUCACGCAUUUCCAUCUCUUCGCCAUUUCACAGAUACUACUAAACGCUUUCAUAAAGCUUCGUCUUUUAUUGCUUUUGCGCUGAACGGUAACCCCACUCAGAGACCCAGAAGAGAUAGUAGAAACCCGGUUUUGAGUGAAGGUAGAGAUGAAGAUGAAGCUCUUGGACUCAUUUGCCCUGGUUGUGGAAUUUUCAUGCAAGAUAAAGAUCAAAACCUUCCUGGGUUUUACCAACAAAAAGAGGUCAAAGUUGAAAAUUUUACAGAUGAUGAUUAUGUGUUUGAUGAAGAUGAAGAACCAGAAGACGGCGACGAAGAUGAUGAAGAAGAAGACGAUGAUGAUGAUGAUGACGACGAGGGUGAAGAAGUUCAGGGGUCAAUUAAUGAGUUUGAUGAGUUAGAAGCUAUGUUACUUGGUGAAGAAAAUGAUGGUGAGCUUGAUUUAGAUGGGUUUAAACAAGCAGGGGUUGGUUAUGGUAAUGUUACUGAGGAGGUUUUGGAGAGGGCAAGGAAGAAGAAAGUAUCAAAAGCUGAGAAGAAGAGAAUGGUUAGAGAAGCUGAGAAGGUGAAAGAAGAGGUUACUGUUUGUGCUAGGUGUCAUUCCUUGAGAAAUUAUGGGCAGGUGAAGAAUAACACAGCUGAGAAUUUGAUCCCUGAUUUUGAUUUCGAUAGGUUGAUUUCGACUAGGUUAAUGAAUCCUGCUGGUAGUGGUAGUUCUACUGUUGUUGUUAUGGUUGUUGAUUGUGUUGAUUUUGAUGGUUCUUUCCCGAGAACGGCUGUGAAAUCGUUGUUUAAGGCUUUUGAAGGUAUUCAGGAGAAUUCGAAGAAGGGUAAGAGAUUGCCGAAGCUUGUUCUUGUGGCUACUAAGGUUGAUCUCCUGCCGUCUCAGGUUUCUCCUACGAGGUUGGAUAGAUGGGUUCGACACCGCGCAAGUGCUGGAGGAGCGCCUAAGUUAAGUGCGGUUUAUUUGGUCAGUUCUCGAAAGGAUUUGGGAGUGAGGAAUGUGUUGUCGUUUGUAAAGACUUUGGCCGGUCCUCGUGGGAAUGUGUGGGUGAUUGGGGCUCAAAACGCUGGGAAGUCGACUCUAAUCAAUGCUUUUGCGAAGAAAGAAGGAGCCAAAGUUACAAAGCUCACAGAAGCUCCAGUUCCUGGGACGACGCUUGGGAUAUUGAGAAUUGGAGGAAUUUUGUCGGCUAAAGCUAAGAUGUUUGAUACUCCAGGGCUCUUGCAUCCGUAUUUAUUGUCGAUGAGAUUGAACCGGGAGGAACAAAAGAUGAUUGAGAUACGGAAGGAACUUCGACCUCAGACAUAUAGAAUUAAGGCAGGACAAGCUAUACAUGUUGGCGGCUUGGCGAGACUUGACCUCAUUGAAUCCUCUGUUGAAACAAUAUAUGUCACAGUUUGGGCAUCGGCAAAUGUUUCUCUACACAUGGGAAAAAUCGAAAACGCUAAUGAGAUUUGGAAUAAUCAUGUUGGUGUCAGGCUUCAGCCUCCGAUCGGUAAUGACCGCGGAGCAGAACUAGGUACAUGGAAAGAAAGGGAAGUAAAAGUAUCUGGAACAAGUUGGGAUGUCAACUGCAUGGACAUAUCAAUAGCUGGUUUCGGUUGGUUCUCUUUGGGUCUUCUAGGUGAAGCAACCAUGAAAUUAUCGACCUAUGAUGGAGUUGAAAUAACUUUGAGAGAACCAUUGGUACUUGACCGGGCCCCAUCUCCUGAGAAAGCUGGUUUUUGGUUACCAAAAGCUAUAUCUGAAGCUAUUGGUAACCAAACUAAACUUGAAGCUCAAAGAAGGAAAAAACUUGAAGACGAAGAUACAGAAUUGGUAGGGGCAGGGUCAGAGAUAUCUGCAUGAAAAGAAUUGAAUCGGUUUGCCUGUGGCUUUCGUUGAGAAUGAUAGUAGGAGCUGUAAGCCUGUAACUGAACUGACUUGUUUUAGAGGCAAUAAUGUGUUUGCAAUGAGAAGCUUUUGCGUUCAAUUUUCUCCACCAUGUUGGUGUGAAUGUGAUUUCAACCACCAACCUUAGAAAGAGAAUAUAGAGAUUAGUACUACACUCCAUGGCUGCUGUUUAGAUAGAUGUCAAAGUUGGUGACUGUAUGUAGUUUUUAGAUGAGUUGUAAGACUUUUUUUAAUAAAUUGUAAGAUUUGUUGUGUUGUGUCUUUCA